AACAUUUUACCCAACACUUACUUUCGAUUUACGAUUGGCCAAGAUUUGAGUAUGAAGCAAUAUGACAAGCACCUGUAGAAAUCUUGCCCAAGUGAACACCCAAAAGCAAGUCUCCACAAGGAAUGCACCAUUGAGAUGAAAACAGCCCUUCACCACAACAGAAAAUCUAUUACCGUAGCAGAUAUAAAUAGAUGGAUCCUAAUUUUUGCAUUAUUAGUUGACAUUGCACCAGUCUUUACAGAGAGAUCACUAACACCUUUCCAGGGACAUGGCCUUGCCUACCACCAAGCACACAGUAGAUACAGAAGAUAUGAUCAAUUUCAAAGUCAGAGAAAUAACCUGAAAGGGAAGCCGGGUCAGGGUUACUAUUUAGAGAUGGACAUCGGGACUCCGCCACAAAAGAUAAACGUUUUGAUUGACACAGGGAGUAGUAAUUUUGCUGUUGCUGCUAGUCCAGAUCCUGACAUUGACAAAUUUUUCAACAGGGAAAACUCUACUACUUAUAAAGUGGUAGGAACCUCUGUGUACGUGCCAUAUACACAAGGAAACUGGAAGGGCAUGCUGGGAACUGAUCUGGUGACCUUGACCUCGCUGCCUAAUGUCACAGUGACAGCCAGUAUAGCAUUUAUUACUGAGUCGAAGCAGUUUUUCAUCAAUGGAUCUAACUGGCAGGGCAUUCUUGGGUUGGCGUACAGGAGUAUAGCCCGGCCUGAUGAUUCUGUCACCCCCUUCCUAGACUCGCUGAUUGACAACACGGGCAUUAGUGAUAUUUUUGCCACACAGCUCUGUGGUGAGAAGUUUGAACAACAGAUUGAUCAGGAUGUUGAAAUGGGAGGCAGCAUUACAUUUGGAGGGGUGGAUCCAGUCCUUCACAGUGGCCCUGUGUACUACACUAACAUACACAAACAAUGGUACUAUGAAGUAGUCAUCGUAGACAUGGAAGUUGAUGGAAAAAGCAUCAAUCUAGACUGUAAAGAGUACAAUUUUCCGAAGACCAUUGUUGACAGUGGGACUACAGAUUUAAGAUUACCUGUCAAAGUCUACACAUCUGUGAUUGACCACAUCAAGAACUUUGUCCAGAGAUCCCCUCAGGCUCCACCUGUCACUCUGGGAUUCUGGAGUGGAGAUAUAGAUUUAUGUUACAAAGAUGGAGCCAUCCCCUACAACAUUUUCCCAUUUGUUGCCUUGGAGUUUGCAGAAAAUGAUCGCCAGUCAUUCAAAAUCUUUGUAGCUCCACAGCAAUACAUUAAAUCUGUUGGGGAAAAAGAUAUCAGCAACCCAGAUGAAAUUUGUUACAAGCUUGGUAUUGCAAGCUCAACAUCUGGCACAGUCAUUGGAGCAGUGGUGAUGGAAGGUUUUUACGUGGUCUUUGAUCGACAGAACAAAAGGAUAGGGUUCUCUAACACAACCUGCCCAGCUGUAUCUCAACAGUUCAACAAGUCACACGUGUCUGGCCCAUACCAAUUUUCAGGUUCAAUUGAAAGCUGUGCCUAUGCCAAGGUAGAAAAAUCCAACAAGACUCUUACUAUUGUAGCCUAUGUUUUGGCUGGGAUCUGUGGGGCCUGCAUUUUGCCGUUGUUCGUUCUCUUUAUUCAGUAUCAGUGGCGGUCCUCAAAAUGCUACCAGAAGCUGAAGCGACAGAAUUCUGACGGGGACUCUAACGAUUUGAUUGAUGAACCAUCAUUUAUGCACGACUCUUAAAUUCGCAUUAUGUUUGUCUCAAAAGAUAUGGAUUUAAAGAUUACUGUGCAAUAUUAAAAAGACUGAGGAUAGGAAAUAUCUGAGGGAAGGUCAGAAAUACACUCAGGUUUAAGAUUGGGAUUCACAUUGUUGUUUACACUUCUUUGGCAUUGUUAUAUCUAGAAGUUUGUUAUGAUAAAUAGUUUUGAUCAACCAAAUGUUAAUGUAUAAUUAUACCAAUUGCUAUCUGUAAUUGUCUGAAUAGUUUGUAAACUUUUGCGUAGAAUUAAGUUUCUUGAGCUUUGUGAACACAUUUGUAAACAGCUUUAAACUCACAUUUGGUUAUUAUAGUGGGUUUUUCGUAUAAUUGCUUUUCAAACUUCACAUUUUUUAUGCCCAGUCUAUAUAAUUGUUAUAACUAAAUUAAUUUCAUAGUGUUUUCCUUCAGAAAAAAAUAGCAAGAAAAAUGGUUCCAGGAAAAAUAUGGCUGCAUACAGUAAUCAUACAGUGUAACUUCAGGAAAUUAAUACAAUGUAUUUCAAAAAUUGUAGUAGGAGUUAGCAUUUAAGGAUGGAUUCUUGUCAUGAUGCAGACAAAUUAGACGAUAUGCGACGUGUGUGCAUGUAUUUUUGUCCGUUAUGAAAGAUGUGGGUCAUGAAGCCACAUAAUUUUUUCUCACUCACAUAUUACGUAUAAACAUUGAACGCUUAGAUGGCAUCUGGCGAACUUGAAUUAUAUGGGGACUAUAGUGUUAGUGGAAUCAACAAUGUAGUAAUUUAGAAUAUCAAUUUAUUCCCUCAUUUUAAAAAUUUUAAAGUGUUUAAUACUGAUUUUUGUCUGCAGUAAAUCAUAGCAGGAGAAGGUUUUCAAAGCUUUAGGAAUAAGUUGUAACUGAUAAAAGUAACAGAGUAUAGUAAAUUUGCUUGGUAUUUUGAACUUGCUAUUCCUCUUAAGGCCAAAUCAUUAUUUCAUUCUUACAUACAUGUAUGAUCCAAUACUCCUACUUUACUUUUUGUAAUUAUUUACUUUAUUUCACUAGUAUUAUUAAAUGAAAAAGUCCGAAAGAUCAAAUUAGUGGGUUUAUGACAGAAAUACAAUUAAUAUGCAAAAAUGAAACAUAGUCCUGAAGAGGAAAUUCAGUCUUCCUUAUAUUGAAUUUGCCUGCAGUGUAUACUUUUCUUUGCAAACAACCCAUACAUAUAGUCUUAACCAUUGCUGCAAAUUAGGACAGAAGUUGUAAGAAAUCACUAGCAUAAAAAAAAUAAUGCCUGGCUGUAAUAGAAUUUCAAGGGACCUUUGGUGUGAAAAUAUUGUGACCUUGAACUAACAUUGACACAGAAACAAGAACUGUGACAAAAUAGCUGUUGCAAGAAAGUGUCACAUCCAAUAUGAAAAGAAUCCAUCCUUAGCAAGUGCACAACAAAACAGAAAUGGUGAACAUCUGACUGCUAUUAACAUUACUUCAGAAGGAAUUAUGGAAUCCAGAUAGAUUUCCAUUAUUUGGUUUUUUUGAGGGAAUAUAUAUUAUAUUGGAAUCAUUAUGAUAACAAUGCAUUUACUUUUUCCAGUCUACCAAUUCUAUACUUUGCACGAUAUGGGAGUGUAUUAUUUUAUUCUUUUUCUUAAUACUGAGGUUUAUAUAGUCUAAAUGGAGUUAAAUUAGCACGUUAAAUGAUUUUCUAUGUAUUACUAAUUUACACAAACACUGGUGUCUGAAUAGUAUUAUUUUGUAGAUUUACAGGUCAUAGUUUUCCAGACCUUUUCAUCCAUUUUGAAAAUUGUUAUUUACUUUUGUUAUCUCAUGUUAUAUUUUCAUGACACUGCUGUUGUUUUCAUUGUGAAAAUAUGCCCAGUCACAUGCCAUCACAUGGUCAUACUUUGCUUGUUAAAUUUAGUCAGAGUAGAUUUAUGGAAGUUACAAGGUGAAAGUGUUUUCUUUUAGGCAGCUAUAUAACAUAAAUACAUGUUUGUCUAAGUAUAUCUAAAAUGUUCAUUCUGAUUAUAAAUUAUAAUGUUAUGGGAUUUUAGCAUAGAUUCUGUGUAGUACUGAAUAGCAGAACACUGGAUAACAGCUAUACUCCUAUAGAUAGCACUGGAUAGCAGAUACUCUUGACAAUACUACAUACAUGUAACUUAUCUGUAGGUGUUAUAUACUGGUAUGUAGAUAUACUGGUAUGUAGAAAUUCUGGUAAGUUGAGGGAACUAGUGAUUCAGAAAAUUGAUUUUGAUACUCCUAUAUAUCUGUUGAAUACUGAAGUUUCCUUCACUGUGAUAUUUUAUUCACAGUUAUACAAUUGUUAGUAGUUUCUUAGAAAAUUUAUGAUAGCAGAUUGAGGGAGCCUAUUGUCUUAUUUUGUCUCAAUUUCUGUAGAUUUCUAGAGGUGUAACGGUUAUUAGUGUUUAAUUAUGAAUGAUCAAAAAUUAUGCAUAUAUGUUGACCUCUACAUUGAUGUAAAUUUACAUGAGUGUUUAAAAACUGUUGUUAAAAUAUGGGUGUUGUAAUACUUGUUUCAUAGCUAAAUAAUUUGUAGUAGAAAAUAUUGAAUCCAUUAAACUGAAGAAGUUGUAUAUUUAUUGAAGUGUAGAAGUGAGAUUUGUGUGUAAUGUUGUUCAGGCUAAAUUGCUCAGUGUUUCCAUUUUCUUUGAGGUGUAGGAUGAACAUAUUAGGGAUACAUACAUGUAUGUCUAAAUGCUAAAUUUGGAUCAAUGGAUGCAAAAUAUACUGAAGCAUUGCUUUAUACAUUGUAUGUAUUGGUUUCAUAAAAUCUGUGUAUUAUGAAGGUGUCUUAGAUAAAAGGAGAAAAUGGG